CAGUGGGUGAGGAGAAUGCAGUGAGGGGGAGUCGGGGACAAUACUCCAGUGUCAGUGACUGUGCAUGUUGCAGUGAGUGAGGACGGGCACUGUAGGGGCGAGAUAGUCAUGGACUAGGGUGACCACCAGCAGCAGCAGCAGGCCACCACAUAGAUAUCUCCUGCAUGUAAUUGGAGCUGGGAGGAGCUGCUGUGACGUGCUGCCUCAAUGCAACCCUGCUGCAGCAAGAAAAGAAAGAAGGAGAAAAGGAAAACAAUCCCAGCAGCAGCAGCAGAGCCCCGUGCAGAGCAAUGCAGAGCUCCAUGUGUGCGGGCUGCUCUGCAGGUGAUCUCCCCCAAUGCUCAUGAAGGGGAUCUCUCCGGACGUAAAGUGAAGUGAUUCCCAGGAGGCAGCUGCUAGCACAGGGAACCCAGCCCGGCACCCAGCAAUCAUGUCCAGGUUCAAGAAGGACAAGGAGAUCAUCGCAGACUAUGAGAACCAAGUGAAAGAGAUCCGCUGCCAGCUGGUAGAACAGUUUAAGUGCCUGGAGCAACAGUGCGAAUCCCGGUUGGCGCUUCUCCAGGAUCUGCAGGAGUUCUUCCGUAGGAAGGCAGAGAUUGAGCUGGAGUAUUCCCGCAGCUUGGAGAAACUGGCCGAGAGGUUCUCCUCAAAGGUCCGCAGCUCCCGGGAGCAACAUCACUUCAAGAAGGAUCAGCACCUUCUUUCGCCCGUGAACUGCUGGUACUUGGUUUUGUCCCAGACACGGCGUGAGAGUAAGGACCAUGCCACCCUGAACGACAUCUUCCUUAACAAUGUCAUCGUCAGGCUGUCACACAUCAGCGAGGACGUCAUCAGGCUCUUUAAAAAGAGUAAAGAUAUCGGCCUUCAGAUGCACGAAGAACUUGCCAAGGUCACUAACGAGCUGUACACCGUAAUGAAGACUUAUCACAUGUACCACGCAGAGAGCAUUAAUGCGGAGAGUAAGCUGAAGGACGCGGAGAAGCAGGAAGAGAAACAGUUCAGUAAAUCCGCGGAGCUCGGACCCAACGCGCUUCGCCACGAAGACCGGCAGCAGAGGCGCAGCUCGGUGAAAAAGAUUGAGAAGAUGAAGGAAAAGAGACAAGCCAAGUACUCGGAGAACAAGCUGAAAUGCACAAAGGCCAGGAAUGAGUAUCUGCUGAACCUGGCGGCCACCAAUGGCUGCAUCAGCAAGUACUACAUCCACGAUGUGUCUGAUUUAAUUGACUGCUGUGACCUGGGCUUCCAUUCCAGCCUUGCCCGCACUUUCCGCACAUACCUCUCUGCCGAGUAUAACCUGGAGACCUCCCGCCAUGAAGGUCUGGACAUCAUGGAGAAUGCCGUGGAUAACCUAGAUGCCCGCAGUGACAAGCACAAAGUCAUGGACUUGUGGAACCAGGUCUUCUGUCCUCCUCUCAAAUUUGACUACCAGCCCCAUAUGGGCGAUGAGGUGUGCCAGGUGAGUGCCCAGCAGCCGGUGCAGAUGGAGCUCCUGGUGCGCUAUCACCAGCUACAGUCCCGCCUCACUACCCUGAAGAUUGAAAACGAGGAGGUGAGGAAGACCCUGGAUGCCACCAUGCAGACCUUGCAGGACAUGCUGACCGUAGAAGACUUUGACGUGUCUGACGCCUUCCAGCACAGCCGCUCCACCGAGUCCAUCAAAUCCGCUGCCUCGGAGACGUACAUGAGCAAACUGAACAUCUCCAAACGCAGAUCCAACCAGCAGGAGACUGAAAGCUUCUACUUCUCGAAGUUUAAGGAGUAUCUGAAUGGCAGUAACCUCAUCACUAAGCUCCAGGCCAAGCAUGACCUUCUGAAGCAGACCCUGGGAGAAGGCGAGAGAUCCGACUACGGAACCACAAGGCCCCCGAUUCUUCCCCCUAAGCCCCAGAAAAUGAAGAAGCCCAGACCUCGCUCCCUGUAUAACCAUUUGCUCUUUAAUGGGGAUAUGGAGCUGUUUAUCAAGGAUUCCGGUCAGGCCAUCCCCUUGGUGGUUGAGAGCUGCAUCCGGUACAUCAAUUUAUAUGGUCUCCAGCAACAAGGGAUAUUCCGGGUUCCGGGAUCCCAUGUUGAAGUCAAUGACAUCAAGAAUUCAUUUGAAAGAGGAGAAGACCCCCUGGUAGAGGACCACUGUGAGCGAGAUAUUAAUUCCGUGGCUGGUGUAUUGAAGCUAUAUUUCCGAGGUCUGGAGAACCCACUCUUUCCUAAGGAAAGGUUUCAAGACUUGAUCUCUACAAUCAAGAUAGAGAACUCCGCAGAGAGGGUCCAUCACAUCCGUCAGAUCCUCAUCACUUUGUCCCGAGCCGUCCUGGUGGUCAUGAGAUAUCUCUUCGCUUUCCUUAACCACAUGUCCCAGUACAGCGAUGAGAACAUGAUGGACCCAUAUAACUUGGCUAUCUGCUUCGGACCAACACUAAUGCCAAUCCCAGAUGGUCAGGAUCCGGUGGCCUGCCAGGCGCACGUCAAUGAGGUCAUCAAAAGCAUCAUCGUUGACCACGAAUCAAUCUUCCCUACUCACCGGGAGCUGGAGGGGCCGGUGUAUGAGAAGUGCAUGACCGGGGGUGAGGAGUACUGUGACAGUCCCCACAGCGAGCCGGGCGCUAUUGAUGAGGUGGACCAUGAUAACGGCACGGAGCCCCACACAAGCGAUGAAGAGGUGGAGCAGAUUGAAGCCAUCGCAAAGUUUGACUACAUGGGGCGCACACCCCGGGAACUGUCCUUUAAGAAGGGGGCGUCGCUGCUCCUGUAUCACCGAGCCUCGGAGGACUGGUGGGAGGGGCGUCACAAUGGGGUGGAUGGCCUAAUUCCACAUCAGUACAUUGUGGUCCAAGAUCUCGACGAUGCGUUCUCAGACAGCCUGAGUCAGAAAGCAGACAGCGAGGCCAGCAGCGGGCCCCUACUGGAUGACAAGUCCUCCUCUAAGAAUGAUAUCCAGUCGCCCAUCGAGCACUUGCAGGAAUACAGCUUCGCCGGAGUGUUGGGCAGGGUUAGGCUAAGAUCUGACGGAGCGGCCAUACCACGCAGGAGGAGUGGGGGGGAUAACCACAGUCCACCGCGGCCCCUGGGUCCCUGCAUUGACACUCCGCCCCGAGCUGCUGCCUGUCCAAGUAGUCCUCAUAAGCUGUCGCUGAGCAGGGGCCGGGUGGACAGCCCUGAAAAGCGGAGAAUGGCGACAUUCGGAAGCGCUGGAAGCAUCAAUUACCCGGAGAGAAAGGGCCUACACGAGGUGAUAUCUCUGCGCUCUGUGACCGGGGGGACAAGGCACAGUAGCCUGGGGGACCACAAGUCCCUGGAGGCAGAGGCUCUGGCUGAGGACAUUGAGAAGACCAUGAGCACAGCCCUUAAUGAGUUGCGAGAACUGGAACGCCAGAAUACAGCUAAACAGGCCCCCGACGUUGUGCUGGACACUCUGGAACCUAUGAAGAACCCGACUCUCAGCACCCCAAAUUCUGAGCCGGUUAGCCCCUUGCACACUAUCAUGAUACGGGACCCUGAUGCGGCCAUGCGGAGAAGCAACUCCUCAAACACUGAGAUGAUGACUACCUUCAAGCCGGCAUUGUCGGCCCGUCUGGCUGGUGCUCAGCUUAGACCACCACCUGUGAGGCCAGCUCGGCCAAUGGUCCAGAAUCGGUCCAGCAGCAGUAGCAGCUCUGGAAUGGGAAGCCCAGCUCUCACCCCUACAGAGAAGGCUCUCCCCAACAACUCUUCGGAGAAAUCCGGGACCAUGUAACUGUCUCAGGCUUCAGAUACUGUUCCAUGGUCAUGUGCCGCUACGGCAAAGGCCGGUGAGGAGCUGGAUGCAAGAGGAGCUCUAGCGUUUACACUAUUUGACCUUUUCCAUACAUGUCACAGAAGCUCCUCUUGCCCGGAUCUCAGAAAUGCACAUCCCACGUGGACGCUGUCCACAGCCAAACAUCUCACACAGGAUCCUAUCCUUAAGCCAUCCCUACGUUGUUUACAUGGGAUUCAUCUCAUCUCCAUCAACCUUCCCACCAUCAGAAUAGGUCAUGGUUAUAUUCGCAUCUGCCCAUCAGAUUGCCUUAAAAUGCACUCCGAGUCGGCACAAUUUGGUAAAUCCAGUCUUAAUUUUCCAUUUUUAGCUGUCUCGUUGCUUGGUGUUACCUCAGUCUUCUGUAACUCAUCCAGAGCUAAUGGAAGUGCGGAGCUGGCGGCACGGUGCGGUGUCUGAGGAUCUUGUUUGAUGCGGUCUAAAUUCAGGACAUUUAUUGGUCCUUUGGAGGGAAGUGUGGGUGGACGAACUAAAGACUUUGAUUUCCCUGAGAGGAGACCCACACUUGUCCUCUGGCCUCCUCUGUUCCAUGAUCCUGCUGCUUUAGUUGUGGAACUCCAAUAUGGCUUCCCAGGCCCUAGAGAUAGUUACUUGGUUCACGCAUAUGCUGUACCAGCAGCUCAUUGUCAAGGGGAAAUAUAUGGGAAGCUGCUCCAUUUACCUAGAGCAAUAUAUAACUGUGUACAUAAUUACUCCGAAAUGUUAGUUACGUUGUCAACCCUGUGUAGGCCGCAGGCCUAGCGAUUAUAAAUAUAUAUACGUACAUAUAUAUAGUAGUUCAACCUAUGUAGGAAAAUGUGAAUUAUGCUUGAACUUUAAACCAUAGAAAGGCUGUUUGUUCUGUCACUGGAAGGAGAGAUAUAUGUAUAUAUAUGAAUAUACAUUAGGGAACGCCCUUAGAUUUUACCUCAGUGGCAUUAUUCUAAGUUUAUCCACCAUACUCUGGGAUCUAAGCUGGACCAAGGAUAACCUUUGCGGGGAACAUAACUUGAUUUUCCGCAAAAGAACUGGUACUCUGACAAGGUGAGAGGACGAGAACAAUACUCUAGAGUGAAGCAUGCUGGGAAUUACAGUCCAAAACCUGCUGGGGCUGCUACAGGCCAACCGAACCUGUGUAAUAUACAUCACUAAACACUGAGCCAUUUUAGCUGGAGACAUUAUAUCCAGGAUAAACAUAUGCUGAUAUAAUAUGCUCAUCCCUUUAUUUCACAAAAUGUCUGCCUCGAGAUGCCAUUUUGAAGGAGACACUCACUGCACCCACAUCAGAGUGAACAUAGAACAGGACUGGACAACCUGUGGCUCUCUCUCCAGCUGUUGUGGAACUACACACUUCCCCGCCGCAGUGUUAGCAUUCCCUAAUAGCAAAACUGUGACAGCAUGCUGGGAUUUGUAGUUUCACAACAGCUGGAGAGCCACAGAUUGGCCAGGCCUGUCCUAGAGUGUGUCAUUGUGACAAUAUUAUCGUUCGCUCUAUGUUAUGAUGAUACCAAAUGAUGAAAUAGGCGACAGGAUUAUAGCCAGUAACCAUCUAGGGUGCAGUGCUAGAGCAAUCUGGAGUAAAGUACUGGGGAAUGCAUGCCCCUGAGUAAGAUUAUGCAGCAUGCCGUGAUGUCCUGUAACCCGUGGCAACCACUCAGACGGUGGCUUCCAUAUGUCAGACUUGCAGUAGAAUGAUAAAAGCCGGUAUCUGAUUGGUCCCUGGGUUACUGCACAAGAGUAUUCUUUAUUCAUGCUAUUGGCUAAGCCCCUGUUAGCAUAAAGUAAUUGUACUGACUGCAGAGCCCAGGCGCAGCACUCUUGCAGUAUUCCUGUGUUUUAAAAGCUCAAAAAUGUGAGUUUGAUGCUCCCUUGUGUGCAAACGACAGGAAUAAGCCAGCGGUGUAUAGUCCGUAAGAGGGAAACCCCACUAAUUACAUUUAUGCUGCGUCACGUGGACAAUAAGCUGAGCACGGCAGGGGCCAGGUUACUGAUAGGGAGCCCGCGACACUGGUGUGAGAAGGCCGGGCAUUGUGGGAAGGCCACACAGACCCAGGGGUUACGCAGGCAGAAUAGCAGGGGCCACAGGCUGCCUCACAUCUGUUGCACAAGCUUGCCUCACUUCAAUGGCUCCAUGGGCAGGCGGUUGCCAAGGAGAUGGGCUUCAUUGCUAUGGGGGGAGCGGCCUAGGAAGGGACACAAAAUGGCUGCUUCUGUGUCUGCAGAUGCCAAUCAAUGACAAGAAAUGGAGCAUGAGACCUGGCUCUGUCAUAUAAGCAGUGUUCCAGAACAUAUAUUUAAUACAAAUUGCCAUCAUAUGUCACUUUAUAUAAGUUAUUUCUGUAACUCUGGGCGACCUACAAAAUAUACAAAACAGGUAGAGGCAUGCCGGACACAGGUGAGCCUCCUGUUUGUGGUUCCUGUUCCUGGGAGCAUGUGCUUAUAACUGUAGCAUAGACCUUCCGCCUGACCUUCCUGCAUUAUGUUGUGUCCUGCUAGUAUGGCGGUGUUCCUCCACCGUGCAUUGGUGCCUUGGUUACUGGGUAAUGCUAGCUACCAAACAAAUGAAGCACAGAACACCUACUGUAAGCAUGUGGCAGCAGGCUGGCGAACGGCUCCCCCCGCAGCUGGUCCUGCACAUUACACCCACUAUUGGGGGUAAUUCCAAGUUGAUCGCAGCAGGAAAUUUUUUAGCAGUUGGGCAAAACCAUGUGCACUGCAGGGGGGGCAGAUAUAACAUGUGCAGAGAGAGUUAGAUUUGGGUGGGUUAUUUUGUUUCUAUGCAGGGUAAAUACUGGCUGCUUUAUUUUUACACUGCAAUUUAGAUUGCAGAUUGAACACACCACACCCAAAUCUAACUCUCUCUGCACAUAUUAUAUCUGCCACCCCUGCAGUGCACAUGGUUUUGGCCAACUGCUAAAAAUUUUCCUGCUGCGAUCAACUUGGAAUUACCCUCAUAGUGCAGUCAUACACAUCAUUAUACAGUGCACUGCAUAGAUACAGAAGUAUAUAGACACUUGUACAUAUGUGAUCGCGUGUCGGACACGGGCAGAAGCACACGACAAGGAGAAUCCACAGUUUCCUCAACCACCGACUGGAGCUGUUUGCACUAUAAUAUCUUUUUUGUUUUAUUUUUCUAACACAAUGGCUGUGAAAUGAACAUUCCGUUUGUAAUUGUAUAUCAGAUAAGGGCUUCAAUUACAGAGCAGAGCACAAGGGUGCCGCCGCUGUAUAGUCUUAGCUAUCUGGUGCCCGGGACGCAGGACAGAGAACCCGUGUCAGAUCACUUAAGGUUUCAUCACUGCAUUGAUCUGUUGGAUAUGACCCUUGGUGGGUACGGAUGGCGUUAUAGCAGAGAACCCUAUAGCGGAGAACCCGUUGAGAAUUUAGAAAUUACCAUUUAGGACUUUUUUUGUCCUUAGAAAAAGAAAAUACUUGUUAAGUUGGAAAAUGAACUUUAUGGCCGGAUACUGCAGAAGUUCACUUUUACACCCCAUGGUUACACAUGAAAAAUAAAAUGUCUGCUCUCUCGUCUAUCGACCGCUGCACCUGUCCAAGCAGUUAUGACGUCACUGGGUACUUUGUGGCACAGUACAACCCUGAACUGCAGAUUUAAUCCCAGUUUGAAUUUUGUAGGCUGGACCAAUAUAUUACUUGAAAGCGCAGCUUGUCAUUCAUGAGUGGCUUCGCCUAUGUGCCUCGUGCCUCAGUGAUAGCACUAAUGUGAGUUAACGUAAUGGUUGCCUGCAAUGUGCGUUGGCGACGGGUCAGACGUGCUCGGAGAGAAUGGAAUUCUCUGUGCUUGCUCCACAUGUUCUUUGCUAUAAAAUAGCUCAUUACUCAUGUUUAUUUUAUCACCUGUCAGAUAUGUGAUCUAUAUGCUGGCAUCUUGCGUCUUGCGUCCAUCCUGUAACUACUUCCAGGCAGCUGGAUCCAGUCUCUCCAGUAGGAUGAGUAAACGUUAUUCUCAUGACUGCGUGCUCCACUCACUCGCACCUGGGCAGAUGGUUUGUCAUUGAGCCCUUCUCUUGUGACCUUUAGGCCUUACCCCCUUGUCACCAUGCUGCUCCCCCAUUCUCAGACCCGGCUGGGGCUGUCCUUGUACCCUGAAGUCACAGUAUUCUAGUUGCGCGCGUACCAUUGCGUCACGUGUACGGCAGAGUUCGUAAGUCUUCUGAACGCAGGGAAGGGGCACAUACUAGCAUUAAGUCACACAUUCCACUACAGCCAAAGGCGCUAAUGUCAAGAGAGUGGGGCAUUAUGGGUAUGACUGACCAAUUGGUGAUUAUAACCCCCUGCCGUCUAUUGCUGGUGCAGAUGCCCCCUCCAAGCAGAGAUCUGAUCCUAUCGGCCUUAUUCAGAUUCCCAUACUAGGCCAGCAUGCACGCAAAUGGCGAAUGCGUACAAAGACGCUGGAUCAGUUUUCCCAUUACAUGAUUAUGAAGAUGACAAAUUCCCGAAUAUGUCAGAAUGAAAAUAUUGUGACAUCAGGGAUUAUUUUCCUUUGCACGUCUGUUGAUUUCACUACGCAUUCACCACACCCAUGGAUUUGGGCUGUGUUACAAGCACCCAUGCACCCUGUUUGCAGUCUCUAGUGACCCUUUCUUCUUGGGAUAUUACUAAUUUCACUUUUUAAUAAAUUUUAAAAUUAGAGAAUGCAUCAGUAAAUGAAAUGAUAGGUGUCAGUAAAUAACUUUUCCAGGGGUUGCCCAGCCUCCGUAACAUACUCAUUUAGUGGCCAUUAAGCUGGUGAGAGUGAGAGCAGGAGCAAUUCAUUAUCUAGCCAUGGUUAUUGGGCAGAAGGAAAUGGGUGGAAGCACUUCCAAGUGUGGUCUGUCAUAUAUGUAUUUGGCCUUUAGUGUUCCCUUUAAGUUGGGCCUAUCAUUCACAAUGAGGGCAGCCAUUUUGUGGGCUGAACUAUGUUUAUGAGAAUAAUCCUAUUUGCUAGGAACAAACACCUCAUGAAUAUUGGUCAGGCCUCGUGAAUAUUGGUCAGGCCUCGUGAAUAUUGGUCAGGCAUCAUGAAUAUUGGACAGGCCUCAUGAAUAUUGGUCAGGCCUCAUGAAUAUUGGUCACACCUCAUGUAUAUUGGUCAGGCCUCAUGAAUAUUGGUCAGGCCUCAUGAAUAUUGGUCAGGCCUCAUGAAUAUUGGUCAGGCCUCAUGAAUAUUGGCAAGGCCUCAUGAAUAUUGGUCAGGCCUCAUGAAUAUUGGUCAGGCCUCAUGAAUUUUGGUCAGGAAUUGCCUCAGUGACUCCUAACAAAUUGAUAGGAUGCAUAUACUUUUAGCCAACAAUGUGUUUUGGGGACAGGCCCGCUUUAAAUGUCAGCUUCCCCCUCCUCAGUCUCAUUUCCUCGCUCCGGCUCUCCGGCCAAUGUACAUACCUCUUGCCCAUGAGCCCAUUUUUGGAGAACUACACGGAGGGGAGGCCACCUCUGAUUGGCUGUUUGUGUUUGUUAGCUCCAGGUAACAUUAGAGGAGCUGCUGAUUGGCUGUACCCUGCAUAACUAAUGUUACCCUCUUCAAUAUUAUUAACAUUGUGUAUGGAAGCACCGCUCCAUGGCUGAGCGUCUGAUCUGAUAUGCUAAUAUAUGCUAAUGAAACUGAUGUACAAUAAAUAUCUUGAUUGGAUUCUGGAAUAAA